AUUAGAGUAACUGUUAUUGAUAUAAUGAGAGAUAGCGGCCUGUAGCACCUGUCAAUGUAGGUGGGUUAUACAGCAGAUAUGUGUCGGAUGCUCGUCCAACACUGGGCACAGGGAAAGUGUCUUGCCUCUAAGACCCAGGAAGACCUUCAAAGUCUUCUUCUUAGGUCUUCCUUCCUUAGGACCUUCUAAGUCUUCUUAGGUCUUCCUUCCUUAGGACCUUCUAGUCUUCCUGGGUCUUGGUAACAACGGAUGCAACACACAAAAGAGAGACAAGAUCGUCAUAUUUUGUGAUUACCAUUUGGAAAAUACUCCUGGAGGGGAAACAGACUGGCCAGGAGUGUAAUAUGCAGUAGAAGAUCCUUAAACCCUUGAAAGGACCAUAUUUGGCAAGAUGUCUAUAUCAGCAAUAUACAUCCUUGAUGUUAAGGGAAAGGUUUUGAUAUCCCGAAAUUACAGAGGGGAUGUGGACAUGGGCGUUAUUGAGAAGUUCAUGCCUAUGGUGUUAGAGAGGGAGGAUGAUGGCAAUAUGGCACCAAUUAUUCAGACUCAGGAGGCAACUUUCUGUUUUGUCAAAGUAAGCAAUUUAUAUGUUGUCUCAGCCACGCGGAUCAAUGCCAAUGUCACACUGGUGUUUGCCUUCUUACACAAGCUCGUAGCUGUUGCUCAAGAAUAUUUUAAGGAAUUGGAAGAAGAAAGCAUCAGGGACAACUUUGUCAUCAUAUAUGAGCUGCUGGAUGAGCUGUUGGAUUUUGGAUACCCACAGACUACUGACGGCAAGAUCCUCCAGGAAUAUAUCACGCAAGAGGGCCACAAAUUGGAAAUAGCUCCGCGGCCUCCCAUAGCUGUCACCAAUGCUGUGUCAUGGCGUUCAGAAGGCAUAAAGUAUCGCAAGAAUGAAGUGUUCCUCGAUGUCAUUGAGGGUGUUAAUCUUCUGGCAAAUUCAAAUGGCAAUGUGCUCCGAAGUGAGAUUGUUGGGAGCAUCAAAAUGCGUGUGUACCUUUCAGGAAUGCCAGAGUUACGGUUAGGGUUAAAUGACAAGGUACUAUUUGAGUCAACAGGACGAGGAAAGAGCAAGAGCGUUGAGUUAGAGGAUGUCAAAUUCCACCAGUGUGUUAGACUCUCCAGAUUUGAGAAUGACCGCACCAUCUCCUUCAUUCCACCUGAUGGCGAAUUUGAGCUCAUGUCAUACCGACUGAAUACACAUGUGAAACCCCUUAUAUGGAUUGAAUCUGUGAUUGAGCGCCAUGCCCACAGCAGAGUGGAGUACAUGGUAAAAGCCAAAUCCCAGUUCAAGAGACGUUCAACAGCCAACAAUGUAGAGAUUAUUAUUCCCGUGCCCAAUGAUGCUGAUUCUCCAAAAUUCAAGACAUCUGUGGGCUCUGUCAAGUAUACUCCUGAGAAAAAUUGUGUUGUUUGGACAAUUAAAUCGUUCCCAGGUGGCAAGGAGUACCUAAUGAGGGCCCACUUUGGAUUACCCAGCGUAGAAGGUGAAGAUGUGGAGGGCAAACCACCUAUUCAAGUGCGCUUUGAGAUACCCUAUUUUACUACUUCAGGCAUCCAGGUGAGAUAUCUGAAGAUCAUUGAGAAAUCUGGAUACCAAGCACUUCCAUGGGUUCGUUAUAUCACCCAGAAUGGAGACUACCAGUUGAGAACACACUAGGAUUCUCAUCUUUCUGUCAACACUCCCAGCCGACUUAAAUGAUAACGCUCACUUUCAGUUUACAAUCGGUAUGUAAACAAUCAUUUAAGAGGGUGCUCUCUGCUGGACCAUCGUGAUGUUCCGUCUCUGAUGUAGGACAGGUUUUGCCCACACUGAAUUAAUUUUGAUGAGCAUAACUCGGAUUCCAUAACAAUGAUUCUUCUGACUUCUCAUAUGUGAACGAAAAACAGUGACAACUUGUUUGAUUGUAUCAGUGUUUGUCCCGACUCUGUAAUGCCUAACUACAUAUGUUCGUUCAUUCACCUCACUUUCUUAUUUUUUCUUUUUUUUUUAAAUUUUGAUAUGGUAUAAGGUUGAGAAGUAAAAAUGUUAGACUUUUGAAGACGAUAAUGUAUUGGGUCGGCUUGAUAUUGUACUUCACAUUCUUUAAGAUUUAUACUUGGCUGUUGGUUAUAGCUCAUUAUUGGCUCAUUUUUAAUGAGAAUAAAAUGACUACUUUUUAUAAUAAACUUAAAUACAGAUUAUAUAUUUAUCAAAAAUAUUUUUCUCCCUUGUCUCUUGGCUUGUGUAAUUUUAAUUCCAUGCAGCAAUCCUGGCCUUUAAAUUUAGACAAAUUUAUCCCUAACAGUAAGCAACUUGUCCUAAUCACUUUCAUGUAGGCUAUUGUACUCAUUUGUAUCAACACUUUCUUGCAUCUUAUUUUGUACAGUGAAGAUUGCGUAAGGUGAGUACCUCUCAGCGUCUACAGAAUUUGCAUUACAUUCCAGUUCUGAGUUACCUUGUUAUUUUAUUAAUAUAUCUUUAACAUUAUUAAUUACUUAUUAGAAGAGUAAUGAGUACAGUUCCCCAAACUCCCAAGAGAUACUGGAAAUGCAUAGAUAGGCUGUAAAAUAAGUCAACUGUAACAUCAGUGUAUUUUCAGUGUAUAUUUUCAUAAGGAAUAUGGUUUUCAAAAUUAAAACUCUUUAAAACUUAUGCCAAAUUUCCCUUUAUUUUCUAUCAUUUUAAUCUCGGUUCUCUUUUCAUAGGACGUUGAAGUGCUCUUGCUAUUUAUUAAUUCUACAUGAAAAUUCUUUAUAGCUUUACCAUGCAGAUCAUUUUAACUCUUUGUAUAACAUUUGUACAUACUGUAGUCUAUUAUUUAAAUGACUAGGAUUUACUAGAUAUUUAGUUUCAAAAGAAUGCUUUAUGCUAGUUGUGAUAAAGGUUAGUGCUAGAUCCUAGUACUGUGUAUUGUAGAAAAUGUAAACCUGUUAUAUUUUACCUGUUGGGGUUACCUCAUUGCUUGUUAUACUUAUAUAUAUAUAUACAUCAGCAUUUUAGUUAAAUUAUUCAUUGUUUGGAGGUUAAAUCUCCAGGUAUGAUGCCAGGAAACACCUGCUAAUAUUGCUUGCUUGAAUUGGUUUUGAAAGAAAAAAAAAAUUCCAUUGUUAAUAUUAGGCCAUUAAAAGAUCAACCCUUGCAAA